CGGUUGGCAACUCGCAUGUUCGAUCAACCAGAUAUCCAAGUCAGAUCACCUCAGACUAUGCCAGCAUGGCGACGGCGACGCCAUGGCAUCUUUAUCACCCGCCUCGAAGCCCUAGCCAACCUCCGCGCCUUCACCGCCCAACCAACGAACUACUACAAAUGCCCCCUCACCCGCCGCGCCGCGGUACUGAUCCUCCUCUUCGCCGACCGCGCCGGUGACCUCCGCGUCGUCCUGACCAUCCGCUCGGCAAACCUGAAGAACUAUUCCGGCCAAGCAGCGCUUCCGGGCGGAAAAGCAGAUACAUUACAAGAAACGCCCUUCCACACCGCUCGACGAGAAGCAUUCGAGGAGAUCGGACUGGCUAUGCGCGAUGACAAACUCCCCGUCGGCUACGAAGUCGAGCAUCUAACCGAACUACCCACCAACCUCGCCAUGACCGAACUAGGAGUGCGACCAUGCGUAGCCUACCUCAAGACCCCCGCUCCAUCAGCCCAAAACCGCAACCCAGACGCCUCGCGGGACUUACUCCCAAAACUCGACGCAAAAGAGGUAGCAGCAGUCUUCACAGCACCCUUCUUCAAUUUCCUCCGCACCCACGACCUCGACCCCACCAUCCGUCGCACGGUGCCGGGGGAAUGGUACAAAGGGUCGUGGCAUAGCUGGCACGAGAGCGCGUGGCGGAUGCAUCAGUUUUUCGUUCCUGUCACGCCGUCAACUGUGUUCUUGGCCAAUACGACUCCUCCGACUUCGACUCCGACUCCACCUCCGACUACACCAUCGCGCAAGAUUUCCGCACCCGCGCCAGAAACGACUGCCGCAAGCAUGCCUCCCCACUCUACAGCAGAAGGCGCCGCCUCCCUCCCAGGGAAGCCGUCACAACCACAGUCACAAUCACAAUCACAAUCCACCCUCCAACCCCCCCUCCCACCCCCCUUCUACCACAACCCCCCCUCUGCCCUCUCCCAGCCUCGGUAUCGAGUCUUCGGCAUGACGGCGCGGAUCCUCGUCGACUGCGCGCGGGUCGCGUACGGGGAGGAACCGGAGUUCGAACAUAACAGUCACUUCGGGGACGAGGAGAUGAUUGAACGUUUAUUAGCCAUCGGACGACUGGCGGAGAGGAGGAGGGAGGGGGAGAUGUUGACGAGGGAGGUGAUGGUGAGAGCUGCGGGGGCGAAGAUAUGACGGGGCGGACUACCACGAUCGAUGGCUGUAUGACCUUUUGUUUUUUAGAUGGAGUGGGGAUAGUUGGAAACGGACGUGGUUGGGAUGAGAUGGAGGGAUAGAGGGAUUUGUUUGGCAAAGGCUUCAGUCCGUCCGCCUAAUAAGCCAAGCCUGACAUGAGAAUUUGCGCGCUUCU